AUGGACCGACAGCUGCACGGAAAUCCCCCCGCAGUCGAGUAUAUAAGACUGCGAAUUUUAACAUUAGAAUCAGUUAACCGCCGACAACGUUUGGAAUUCGCUCUGACCCUACUUCCCUAUGAUCCCGAAACGGUUCAAAUGUCGGAGGCUCAAAAGCAAGUGGAGGACAUCAUAGCUCGUCUACGUACCGAUGAUUCCCUUACGGAGGAGGAGAGCGAUGACACAAAAAUGAGGCGUAGUCAGGAAGCAAGUGAUUUUGCCGAUCGCGCCAUGCGGCAGAUCGAAAUGUGCGACAACGGCAAGCUGAGCACUCUGGAAACUCUGACUCUGGCCGCUGAAAAACUUCUUAAAACUCAAAAAUCAAUGAGCUUUGGGGAAGAGGAACUUUACUUAGACUACAACGACUUUGUAUUGGAAGCGGAAAGGUCCGAACUGAUGCGGAACACCAUUCAGGCAUUAAAUGAGGCGCGUCUGAAGCUUCUAAUGCAGUGGGAGCGCAGUAAACGCAAGGCGCUAGAUCUGCUCACCAUAGAAAUCGAAAAGGUUCAGGAAAUGGAGCAGGACCUGGAGGACGAACAGGAAACCGAACAGGAACAGGAUCAAGAGCAGGAGCAGGAGCAAGACCAGAGAUCGGCACACUUUGAGAUGUUCCGUGAUGGUGCCGACGAGCACAAUACAUCCACUCCCAAAACCAAUGACGAGGAUCUAGGGAUCGAUGACGACGACGAAGAUUAUGUGCCAGAACCUGAAGAGUCGGGUAAUAAGCGGAAGCGCGCCAAAAAGCCAGUGACCUCCACUCCGAACACAAAACGUCCGCGUCCUGGCUUCGAGUUUGAUAAAGACCUAGACUCUCCCAUGGUAAUGAUUGGACCGAAUGGAACAAAAGUAUCCCGUGCCAGUCUCAGUGCCAUAAACUGGGAUAUGACUGGACCCUCGAUUACCCGAAAGCUACUAUGCGAGAUCUUCGAUCGGGACACCUUGGCUCAUCAUACCCUCUCUGGGAAGCCCUCGCCUGCCUUUAAGGACUGUGCCCGUCCCAGCAAGCAGCAGUUGGACCCGCUCAAGGUGGCCGAUCUGGUUUAUCUGAUGACCAACCGCAUGGACAUGACACCACGGGAGGUCCGCACUGCCAUCACCACCAAGUGCGCGGACGAGAACAAGAUGCUCCGCUCUCGACUGCAGCGAAGCAAAAGCAAAUCCAAAUAGGUUGCAGGAUCCCUCGACUACGUGAAUUUCAUUUCCUACUAAAAUAAGAUUCGGCCCAGCCACCCAGUUGCCAGUGCAGCGUAUAAACCAUUUCGCAAACUUACCGACAAAAAUAUUCAAAAAUAAACAUUUACUUACCAACAAUCCACGAUGAU